AUGGUGAGGAUAUGGAAGAGAGGGUCAGUAGAGCAGUACUCAGCAGCUCCAUACUUGGCAACCAUAGCCAACUGUGGCCUCUGGACGCUGUUCGGUCUGCCAAUGGUGCAUCCCCACAGCCUGCUGGUGGUCACCAUCAAUGUGUUGGGCAUGGCCAUGGAGCUCUCCUAUCUGUUUCUCUAUCUCUAUUAUUCUGAUCGCAUUAAGAGAUUGAAACUGAUUCUCGUGCUGCUUGCGGAGAUCAUAUUCACCGCCGGCUUUGGGGUAGCGGUUCUCACCACAGCUCAUACCAUCCGGCUGAGGUCCGCCAUUAUUGGAAGCGUGGCUGUGGCGGCUAGCGCGGUCAUGUAUGCUGCCCCUUUGUCUGUCAUGAGGUUAGUGGUGUCCACCCAAAGUGUGGAGUACAUGCAAUUCUCCAUUGCCUUGGCUUCCCUUCUCAAUGGCAUUUGUUGGAUUGCUUAUUCCCUCAUUGGCACCUUUGACCCCUGUGUUCUUCAUUACAAAAGCGUAGUGGGCUUUCCAUUGCAGGCCCCCAGUGGACUGGGUGCAGUGUUUGGCCUGGCCCAGAUGAUACUCUACGGCGCAUACUAUAAGUCCAACAGGCUAAAAGCGAGAUGGGCUUGGCUCAAAUGA